ACAGUUAAGCAUAUAUAAAAGGUUUAUGGCGUCCGAGAACUCGAGGCCCACGCCGUGCCGGCUCUUAUCCUCUGCCGAAACACCUGUACCAGAGCCUUUCUCGCCGCUAUAUCUAGAUCCUGCUAUUUCGAAUCGACGAGAAUGUGCCACGGACACCCUCACUACCACCCCUGCUCACACACGUCGGUCAAAUGGCUGUACUGUCCGGAAGCCAUGUUCGACUUGGACACGGGGUAUGAGACACCCUGCUCGAACCCGAUCUACUCGACGCCGCAACCAACCAACGUCGACUGUCCCCUGCAGACCUGCAACUUCAAGGCUUUGAUGGGGAGCUGGAACUGCUGCGUCUGCGGGCAGGGCCCAAAUACCCAGGGGUGGUGCACCGCAUUGUGUCGGAGGAUGGAUUGGAACCCGCUUACGGGGAAUGUCGAAGAUAUGGAAGUGUCAUGUGGGCAUGGAUGCUGCAGCUCAUGCAGUCCGUCGACUACGCCGAGGAACACGAGUCCGGAGAUAUCGUUCGCGGACAUUCGAAAAGGGAAAACCGGUCGUAAGGCUCACAGCACCACACGAGGCUCCGCACAUAGGCGAGGGGCAGCGUACGACUUCAGCCAAAAUAACGAUAGCUGCCCUACCGUCCCGGAAGAAGGUGAUCAGCUUACUUCGCCCUCAACGGCAACACCAAGCUCUCGAGGAUCCCGCCGGUCCAGCCACGACCCAAAUAUGGAGUACUCAAAGAAGCCGAAGAUGCAAAAUGGGAAGAAGAAAUCACACAAGGGCCGCAUUCAUUAUUGAGUUGUUUCCAUAUGGGUUGGGUAAUCACCCCAAGUGUGUUCUGGGAAAAGGCAGUAAAGAUUAAAAGAGAUGGCAGAUGCGGGCAUCCAUAUUGGCAGAGAGAAGGCCGCAACGCGUUUUUUACCUACUGGCUGUCGGUUUGACAACAGGCCACAUUCUUUCGGUAUAGUAGUCAGUUACCGACGAAAAAGCAGUCCAUAAAAGCACUCUUAUAGAAGCAUGGUCUGGUCCACAGCGCAUAUGCGUAGGUUAGAAGACUUUGUGAGACAUCAGGUAUAACGCUCGAAUCUGCCAGUGAGGCCGAGCUGUCGGUGCCCCGACUUC